CGUCUCCCCGCGCCUCCCCGCGCCUCCAUGUCGGACAACCAGAGCUGGAACUCGUCGGGCUCGGAGGAGGACCCGGACACCGAGGCCGGGCAGCCUGUGGAGCUCUGCGGGGUCCUCAGCAAGUGGACCAACUACAUCCAUGGGUGGCAGGAUCGUUGGGUGGUUUUGAAAAACAAUACACUAAGCUACUACAAGUCUGAAGAUGAGACCGAAUAUGGCUGCAGGGGAUCCAUCUGCCUUAGCAAGGCUGUCAUUACGCCUCAUGAUUUCGAUGAAUGCCGGUUUGACAUUAGUGUAAACGAUAGCGUUUGGUAUCUACGAGCACAGGAUCCAGAUCAUAGACAACGAUGGAUAGAUGCAAUUGAACAACACAAGACGGAAUCUGGGUAUGGCUCCGAGUCGAGCUUACGCCGCCAUGGUUCAAUGGUGUCACUUGUGUCUGGAGCAAGUGGCUAUUCAGCCACCUCAACCUCAUCCUUCAAGAAAGGCCAUAGUUUGCGUGAAAAAUUGGCUGAAAUGGAAACCUUUCGAGACAUCUUGUGCCGCCAGGUGGAUACUUUGCAGAAGUACUUUGACGCCUGUGCAGAUGCAGUCUCCAAGGAUGAACUUCAAAGGGAUAAAGUGGUAGAAGAUGAUGUGGAUGGUUUCCCGACAACACGGUCUGAUGGAGACUUCUUGCACAAUACUAAUGGCACUAAGGAAAAGCUAUUUCCCCAUGUGACACCCAAAGGGAUCAAUGGUAUAGACUUUAAGGGAGAAGCGAUAACCUUCAAGGCAACUACUGCUGGAAUCCUUGCCACGCUUUCUCAUUGCAUUGAACUCAUGAUGAAACGUGAGGACAGCUGGCAAAAGCGACUGGAUAAGGAAAUUGAGAAAAGGAGAAGAAUAGAAGAGGCAUACAAGAAUGCUGUGACAGAGCUUAAGAAAAAAUGCCAUUUUGGAGGACCAGAUUAUGAGGAAGGUCCAAAUAGUCUGAUAAAUGAGGAAGAAUUCUUUGAUGCUGUUGAAGCUGCGCUUGACAGACAAGAUAAAAUAGAAGAACAGUCUCAUAGUGAAAAAGUCAGAUUACACUGGCCUCCAUCCUUACAAUCUGGUGAUGCCUUUUCUGCCGUGGGGACCCAUAGAUUUGUCCAGAAGCCCUAUAGUCGCUCUUCCUCCAUGUCUUCCAUUGAUCUAGUCAGUGCCUCUGACGAUGUUCACAGAUUCAGCACCCAGGUUGAGGAGAUGAUGCAGAAUCACAUGACUUACUCUUUGCAAGACGUAGGUGGGGAUGCCAACUGGCAGUUGGUGGUAGAAGAAGGAGAAAUGAAGGUGUACCGAAGGGAGGUAGAGGAAAAUGGAAUUGUUCUGGAUCCUUUGAAAGCUACUCAUGCCGUGAAAGGAGUAACGGGACAUGAAGUCUGCAAUUACUUCUGGAAUGUCGACGUUCGCAAUGACUGGGAAACAACCAUAGAAAACUUCCAUGUGGUGGAAACGUUAUCAGAUAAUGCAAUCAUUGUUUAUCAAACGCACAAGAGAGUUUGGCCUGCUUCUCAGCGUGAUGUAUUGUACCUCUCUGCUAUUCGAAAGAUACCUGCGUUAACCGAAAAUGACCCGGAAACUUGGAUCGUCUGUAAUUUUUCUGUGGAUCACGACAGUGCACCUCUAAAUAACCGAUGUGUCCGUGCCAAGAUAAAUAUAGCUAUGAUCUGCCAAACCUUGGUGAGCCCACCAGAGGGAAACCAGGAGAUAAGCAGAGACAAUAUUCUAUGCAAGAUCACUUAUGUAGCCAAUGUGAACCCCGGAGGAUGGGCACCUGCUUCAGUGUUGAGGGCAGUGGCAAAGCGAGAGUACCCCAAGUUUCUAAAGCGCUUCACGUCGUACGUCCAAGAAAAAACUGCAGGAAAACCUAUUCUAUUCUAGUGCUGCCAGCAGCGGAAGCAAGGCUGUGUGAACGUUCCAGGCUGGAGGACCAGACCCCAAUCAGCGCUCCCAGCGGGAACGAAGGAUCGACAGCCUUUUUUUGCGGCCCGAGCCCUCGGCUUCGUGUCCCAAAAUGAAGAAGUAGCGCAGUACCGUCAAGCUGAUCGUCUUAAACACUAGCUUUCUCCUGCUAGCACGCCUUGCUCCAUGUAGAACCAUAAAUACAUGUGUUGAUACAUGUAUAAGGCUAGGUUUUUUUUUUUUUAUUUGCUUGCUCUAGUGGUGGAGGAAAAAAACCCAACAACUUUAGAUCACAACUUGGGGGGGUCAGUGCUUUCAUUUUCAGAAAUUUGUAAAGCGGUUCAUUUACUCUGGUCCUGCAUAAGAUCUCCACAAGAUUAGUUUUGUGUGCCUGUUGUCCAAGAAGGUACAUGGAGCCUAUGUGCUUUCAAAACACAGAGCAGCUGGCUGUGGUGGUUAGUUAUCUUUUUUUUUUCCAAGCCUAUAGUAAAUUCUAGGUGACCCGGGCAUUCCUGGUGCUGCCUUAUGUAGCCCUAGAGCUUGUUUCUGGCUCUGUAAAGCAUCAUCUUGUUCUCUCAAGAAUCAUCUUGUUCCGUAAAAUGCCUCUUUACUAACCGAGGGCCGUCCGAAACCCACAAUUCCACCUUUUCUACGGUCUUCCUCCUGUGACGAACUUGUUUUCCGAUGGAGGAAGCUGCCUAAAGCCUUAUUUCUCCCUGCCCCUCCACCCCCAGAUAUCUUUGUAUAUCUAUUGUAUAUUUUAGUUGUGACCUUUGAGCUGCAGAUUUUUGUUGUCCCUGCUACAAAGUGGCUCUUUCCAGAUGGGCUCUGCACAAGGUAGCGGGGAUCAUUCAGGCUGCACGGGCUGCCUUCUGGGAAUUGAGCUCGUGUUUUCUGGAAUCACCGAGAUUCCCAGAUCUUUAUUAGAGCAGAUCAGCCUGCAAGAAACUGAAGAACACAUUCCCGACUGAGUGUCCUGGCCCUACAAAUCUGUAUCGCUUCAAGAUGCCAUGGGAGGUUUGUGUCGAAAAUGAGCCUUUUUUUGCCCAUUUGCCUCUCUUGGAAGGGUCCCCUUUAUUGCAGUGAGCAUUUGAAAUGUAAAAGAUCUGUCUUCUCUUCAGUGGGAGUUCUCCGACAGCCACAAGGCUGAGAGUGCAGGGGGAAGGAAGAGUCAUCCCUGACCACUCAGAUUUUCUUUUAGCUUUUCAAACUCUGACGAAGAGUCGUGCAGAAACAUUUCUGGGUCUCACUAGAAACAGAAGUCCAGCCCUACUUUUUUUUUUCCUUUUUUUUUUUUUUGUAAAGCCAAGAAUCAUGUAGAUGAAACUGCCUUGUAUAUAUUUCAUACAUUAUAAUGGAUCCUUGAUGUUAAUGAAAGAUGGUAAUCAAAUGACAGGAUUAAAUCUCCAAGAUCCUGGAAGCGAAUUACUUGUAUCAGACAUAGUGGUAUUUAUUAUUCUGUAUAAAGAGAGAGAUGCUUCUAUAAACAAAUGCUCACGUAACAUGCACGCAGAUUUCAUGCUCCAUGCAAACUUUAUAUUUUUUAAUUUGCCUUCCUCUAAAUAAUGUGCAUGGAAUAUGCCUUAUUACGGAUGAAUGCUGUUCAUGAUUUGCAUAUAUGGAAAAGUGCCUCUGUGGUGGUAAUGCUGGUCAGGCAAAGGAAACAAAUUAUUUUUUCUGUUUGCUUCAUCAACGGUUAACAUUUAUAUAGUGAUGGUUUAAAACCAGAAAAUUGUGGACCUCCGAUGGGUCUCAUCUUCACAAGAAUCAAGAAAACAGAUUCGUUCUCCAUGGCCACUGAUGGGGAACAUGAAGAAAAGGCUUAUUUGCCCAGAAUAGAAAAGUUACUCUGCCACUCCCGAGAACCAUUGUGAACACAGGCAAGUAGCUGUUUCUGAAUUUAAUUGGGUAGCUUUAUUUUACGAAGGUAGGGAAGGUUUACAAAGCAGUAUGUGGAUCUUAAUAACAUUAGUUGUUUGCACUAAAUGUGUUGUACUUUUGCAGUUUAUUCUGUAAAUAAAACAAUUACACUAAAGAUUCUAUUUGUAAAAAAGAUGCAUUUUACUUUUUGAUUUAGUGCACUGGCACUUCACUGGCACCAUCCCUGCCCAGUCAGCGUUGGAUGGGACUUUGGGAAUAUGGGAAGAGUUCCAAAUUGUCAGGAUUGGAACUGGUCCUUUUGGCUAGCAUUCAGAGAAAGCUCCCAAGAUGUUUUCCUAAGGCUAAUUUCCAACAUACCUUGAGAAUCCAUUCUGCCCUCUCUACCCAAAUACUUUCUCCUGCUUCUUCAAAAGUUAACUUUAUAAUGUCCGUCCUCCUCUUUCUCUCCCCGCCACCCACCGAUUUCUGAUUGCUCUCUACCCAGUUCUCUCUCAUUCUCUUGUUUUUUAAUGGAUUUAAGAAUUCCGUAGUUUUUCGAACUACUGGUGAAGUGGGAACCUAGUUAGGAUGCAGAACAAGAGGACGCUAGCCACGUUUUUCCUGGGUCUCCGGAUUUUGAGUGUUUCGUGGGGGCAGGAGACUAGGGUGAACCAGAGCAGAAGCAACAUGUGCACACUUGUGUGCCUUUCAUCUUGUCGGUUUCCCCAAACUAAUUGCAUAUUUCUCCACGGCGAUGACGUUGAUUUCUGAGGGAGGAAAUUUCUUUACCUUAUUCAUUUUAUGUCAUUGGACCAAGCUGGCUCUCCCGUGAAGCCGUGCUGGUUCUCUUGAAGCUAAUCCAUUUGCCCAUUUGAAACCUUUCACCGAUAUUUUUUUUUGUCAGCAAUUGUACAGAUGAAAAAGCUGUUUUUGGAUUGUCCUAAAGACUCAAAAACAUAAUCAUAUUUUCAAGUAUCUUGAGAGUGUGUAGAGUGUAACUGUUUGUUCAAUGAUUAGCUUUAUGAUCCUGAUGUCAAAAAAAAUAUAUUAAGAAGUUGGAUCUUCCAUGUUACAAUCACAAAUGGAAUAACAGUAUUUAAAGUGAAAAAGUAUUAAAAAUAUUAUGGAUAAAUGUAAAA